AUGAGGGUCGAUCAAACUUUUCACUCAUUUGUGCUCGUGUAUUUGGGCAAAAACAACCUUAACGUGUUGCAACAACAGUCCAUACAGCCUUUCAAAACAUUGAAGAUUCCGCUAUUUAAGUUACUUUUAUCAAUGGAUCCUGCAGAAAAGCGGCACCGGUCCGAGGCUCUGGCCGUCGGACAGGUCAGUCACCAUAGCAUUGAGCUGAUCUGGAGCCGGGAAAAAGGCUCAAAAUGGACAGACCCACCGCAAAACUGGACCUGCUUCAUCCUGGAGCAGAAGAACAACACAAAACACAGCUAUAAACAGAUACACAAGGGCUACAAUACACGCUUCACGGUGGAUAACCUAGAGCCAAAAACCACCUAUACUUUCAGACUCAAGGUCACGUGGCCCUCUGGUCAUCAGCAGUAUUACCCAUCAGUCACUGCUUCUACAGAAAAGCCGCCUCUGAAUGGGAAGAAUCUUCACAGUGCCGUCCUCAAGACUGAUGAAGUGGAGCUCUGCCGAGUGCUGCAGUCCGGAACGGUCGCAGUGGACGUUCCUGACCGGCUGGACUACACUCCUCUAAUGAUGGCGGCUAUGAAGGGCUUUACUAGUGGAGUUCAGAUUUUGGUGCAUCAUGGAGCAGAUGUAAACAGAAAAAACAGCAGUGGCAAAGACAGCCUGAUGCUGGCGUCUUUUCAUGGACACCUGGAUGUGGUGAAGCUGCUGUGUGGAUGCGGCGCGUCCUGGAGCGCUCGAGACCGGACGGGCUGCUGUUCUCUGCAUUGGGCCACAGCUGGAGGACAGCUGGACGUCCUGCAGUACCUCAUACAGUAUGGAUGUGAGGUCAAUGUGCAGGACAACAUCGCGUGGACGCCGCUCAUGCUCGUGUCGGUCAUUACUGGAGAUCCGGCUGUGGCUUCAUUGUUGAUCAGCGCUGGAGCUGAUGUCAAUGUGCAGGACAGAGACGGGAAAACACCUCUGAUGGUUGCUGUGCUGAAUAACUAUGAGCGUCUGGUUCAGAUCCUGCUGAAGAAAGGAGCUGAUCCAAACAUUCAGAAUAAGUGUGGAGUUAGCGCUCUGGAGAUGGCCAAAGCAUUCGACAGGCAGAAUAUCAUCAGUUUGUUGGAGGACGAGGAGUCUGAGAGGCCAAAAUAAAGAGAGACAUCGCAGAAGGGUUUUAUAAACAACUUUAUUAGCGCCGGCCUUUAUGCAGACCGUUCAACAUACGGUAUCUGAUUUCACAUCUCAUGAUUAAUCAAAGACUCAUCAUCAUAAAAAAGCAAGUUUACACCCGUGACACUACAGAAAACGAACAUUACAUGAGCAGAUUUACUGAAUGCAGAUACAACAUG